AUGAAUCUCUUGCCCGCCAGCCUCGAGGAGUUCCGCAAGCGCUCCUACUGGAACGAUUUCUUCCGCUCGCGCGGAGACAACGCCUUCGAGUGGUAUGGAAGCUACGCGGACUACAAGGCGAUCCUCGACUCGCUCGACUUGCGGACACCUGCUGGCCGCCGCAGACCGAGGCGGAAGGAGCAGUCUCAGGAAGCGAGCGCCGCGAACCACACCGCUGCGCCGUGCACACAGAAAGAAGAAACCGCCGCAGGCGGCGAGCCGGACAGCACCGCACCUGCGCCAGCCGCAAACGGCUCGCAGGUUGCAGGAUCGAGGAUCCUCCAUGUGGGCUGCGGCAACUCGGAAUUGCCGCGAGAGCUCGUGGAAGACGGGUACUCCGCGAUCGUCAAUGUUGACUUCUCGUCUGUGGUCAUUGCAAACAUGUGCCGCCGAUGCCGGCACCUGGGUUCCGCUCUCGAGUGGGAGUGUCUGGACGUCCGCAAGGGGGCUCUGGCGAAGAAGUUCGGCGCCGAGGCCUUCGACGUCGUGCUGGACAAAGGCUUCCUCGACGCGUACAUCUCCGGCGACCAGGAGCAACCGGCUGCCGGCGGCGCGGCGCCCGCGAAGGCCUGGGACUACCGGCAGGAGGCGCAGGAGUACCUGCAGUCCGUCCUGCACGUCUUGAAACCUGGCGGCGUCUACAUCCUCGUCACGCUCGCGCAGGACUACCUCGCGAAGGAGCUGGUUCGCUGUUUUCACGCGGCGCCUGUCUCGGAUGUCAUCAUUUUUCCCCUCUCGCACAAAGCGUGUCCGUCGUCGUCGUCGUCACCCUUGCCCUACCUUUUCGCCUUCACGAAGAACCUCACAUCCUCGCCUGCCGAAGACGGGCAGCCCGUCCAGCUGACCAAACGUGGCCCAAAGCUCACGUGCACAGUGGUCGCGGGGCAAGGCCGUGCAGGAGGCGACGAGACGUUUUCCAUCUGGGAGCUGCCGAAGCGCAUCGUUUCCAUCAACAAAUGGCGAUUCUUUCAGUCCGCGAUUCACGUCUACCAGCCCGGGUCGCGGAGCACGGUGUCUGUACACCGGCAGAAGCGCGGCAACGAGGCUGAGGAGAGCGCGGCGUAUUCUAUUGCGAUUUACGACCGCGUGUUUCAGGAGGCGACUGAGGAGAAAAACAAAAAGGCUGGAAAAAAAGAUGGGAAAAAAGGCGAAAAAAAGAAGAGUGCCGCGCACAAGACUGCAGCGCUGUUUGCGCCGCUGGGACAGGAGUGCUCGUGGCUCUACUCCACACCCGAAGGCAACGAAGAGCUCGCACUGCAGGCAGGUGUGUCGCGCCUUCUGGUUGUGACGGCAGGCGUCCAAGGCGCAGCCGAGGCGCCGACCGGAGCCGAGGGCCUCCACGAACAAAAACCGUCGGUAUUCGAGAAAAUGAAGGAUGAGCUCGAGCCUUAUCUCGCUGACCUCGCGCUUCCAGGAAGUGGGACGAUUCCAGUUCUGAUUGUGAGCGAGGGGUCGUCCGUUCACGCGGAGCUCGCCCGCAUUCGGUCCCCAUACGCCGGCUGCGUGGUAGUGAGAGACGUCGAGUGCGACGACGAAAACCCAGACGCUGACCGCAUCCUCGUCCUCAGGCAGAUGAUCUUUUCCUGCAACCCCCAGGCAGUCCAGUCCGAAGUCAAGGUGCUUCUCCCUGCCUCGGAGACGAGCGGAGAGGCGCCGCAGUUUCUUUUCUGCCAGCCCUCGUGCGCCUACCACCUCGCCACCGCGGCCGCUUUUGCGCUGCUUCCCGCGGAGACGACGCGACUCUCCGCGACGCUUCUGGGGCUAGGCGGCGGCAUCCUGGCGCGGCUGCUCUCGCUGCUGUUUGGCCGCGCGUUUGACUUGCAGCUGACCUGCGUCGAUCUCGAUCCCGUCGUCGUGCAACUCGCGAAGGAGUGUUUCGGCUUCGAGGAGGCGCCACCGGCGGUGACGGCGGUCACGGACGACGCGCUUUCGUUCCUGGCGCAGCUGCCCGCGAGUUCGCAGGACGUGUUGAUCAUCGACAUCAACAACGGCUCGUCGUCGUCAUCGCUCACUUGCCCUUCUGAGGACUUUGUUCAGCCGAGCGUGUUGGAGACGCUGAAGGCGCGACUCGCCGCGGGCGGCCUGCUCAUCUUCAAUCUCCUCUCGCGCUGUCCUCAAACGAAAAAACAGAUCCUCGAUCGCCUCACCGCCAUGUUCCCCUUCGUGUCAGCCUUCGGCAUGCCGGACGACGUCAACGAACUUGUCGUCUGCAGCAACCAGCUCGACGCACACGCCGCGGACUCUGCAGUGUUUCAGACGCGCGUCGAUUCCAUGUUCAAGAAAGUCGCUGCGAGCCUACCGGAGUGCGCCGGCGACGCCCGGCGGCUCGCGAGCGACGCGGCGCUGUGGAGCAGCUGGUCGCGGCGCUGGCGAGUGAAUUGCGAGGAAGAGAAAAGAGAAAAUUAA